GAAGCAAAACAGAACCGCCAAUAAACACCAAAGAAGAAGAGGAAGAAGCAAAACAAAAUAUUCUAACCACACAAGAGGUAACUGAAGUGGUUAACGCUGUCAUGAUCAUUGGAUGCUUAUAACCCAUUAUAUUAAUUUAACAACAAUGACCACUGACAGUUGAAAAGACUGGUAAUUGUUUUUAUUGUACUAAGUUACAUUAGCAGCAGUAACGUCGAUACCUCAUAAGUAUUUGCUUGACUUCUGUUAAUCGCUUUCGAAAGACUGGAAACUACCCUAGCUAGCUGACAGCUAGUUUUUGACGGUCACUUUCCAGCCAGGCAAGGCAACUGACAUGGCGAGUAACCUCGUCUCGAAGUUAUUUCGUCCCUCUGUGUUCACACAGCUGGCGUCUCUACGGUCGGGUUGCGUGUCUCGGGUGAAGGCGGCGGCGGGCAUUAGACAUUUCUCCAGCGACCCGCCACCGGAGAACAUCAGUCGCUAUCCAGUUCCUUACAAGAAAGAGCUACCUUAUGAUAUAGUGGAGCUUAUGGAAGAGGUUGAGUCAAAGGGAGGCUUUUUGCCCAAUGUCUUCAAAGUCCUCUCCCAUAGACCAGCAGAGUUCAGAGCCUUCUUCGCUUACUACAAUGAACUAAUGAACAAAGAGUCAGGCGGAUUAACCAAGGCAGAUCGUGAGCUGAUUGUAGUGGCUACUAGUAUCCACAACAAGUGUCUUUACUGCGUGGUAUCCCACAGUGCACUGCACCGCAUCUACUCUAAGAAACCCACUCUUUCUGAUCAGGUCGUCGUUAACUAUGAGAAUGCAGAGCUGUCACCUCGGGAGCGUGCCAUGCUGGACUUUGCGAUGGCUGUGUGUCGCUGCGACACCAUUACAGAGCAGCAUUUCCAGUCUUUGGAGGAAGUGGGUUUUGACCGUGAGGAUGCGUGGGACAUUGCUGCCAUCACUGCUUUCUUUGCCAUGUCCAACCGGCUCGCCCACCUCACAGACAUGAGACCAAACUUAGAAUUUUAUAACAUGGGCCGGUUACCACGGGACAAGAGCAAGGACAAAGGGCAAGUGAAAGGGGAGUAGCGUUACAGACAAGAUUAUCAGAUGUCGAGAUGUUUUUUUUGAGGUGCAAUUUACAGAUUUGAACGUUAACUUUGGAAUUAGUCAGUUUUUCCUGAGAUCAUAAUUUAGGUUCCACAGUUGCUUGACUGAGUCCGGGUAGGCACGGAGAACAACUAGAGAUUGACAUGGGAAGGAAGCAAAAUAACUGACCUCCCUGAUAUUUUAGUACAUGCUUAAAAUCACUCAAGUGUUUUUACCUGCCCUUUACUUUGAACAUAGCACGUAAAAUUCAGGAUUCUAUAAAGUAUGUGUGCCUUUUAAAAAUGAUGCUCAUUUAGAUGACGUAGAAGCAUGAGAGAGACAGUUUGAGUUUUGUGUGUGUGUGUGUGUGUGUGUGUGUGUGUGUGUGUGUGUGUGUGUGUGUGUGUGUGUGUGUGUGUGUGUGUGUGUGUGUGUGUGUGUGUGUUGAUAGGGUAGACAUGGCUUUGUUAAUUUGUCAUUGUGUGUAACUCAUUGUGUCUGCUUAUUUACCUUGACAUUUUGAAUUUUAGGUGGCUCUGGUUGUUUACUGGAUAGUUGCCAUAUGAUGGGGAAAAGUUAUUUCUUUGCAGCUGGUUGUCUAUUACAUUACAUUUAAUGACACCGUUUCAUAAUUGUCUUUUAACUUCCAUGUUUGGGUAAUAAAACCUAUGAAAAAAAUCACAUAAAACUCAGAAUCUCGAACCAGCUCUUUAUUUCAUUGUUCACCAGUUGAAAGUGCUUUGUGUUAUGAUGUGUUGCUCAGUGCAUUGUUACUGUGACUACCAGGAAGAGUGUAAAUAACUUGCUGGCAUUGUUCACAGCAAUGUAAGCGGGUGUUGUAAAGUAUUAAAAUGAAAACUGCUUCUCUAA